AUGUCAAUUGCUAAUCCGAGCACCGUUCUGACAAUCUAAUUGACUUUAAGAGUAAGGUCGUGCGGAAUGGCAGCUCCCUUGGUUUCCAAAAUUCACAGUAUGAAGAAAUACAAUUUUAAGACCCCGCUGAAAAAGAUAGUGGAGGGCAAAGCAGUUUCAAGACGCACUUGUACAAUAUCAUGCCCAGUUGGGAGGACCUGAUGCUCUUCUUGCCAAGACAGGGGUAGCGGCGAAAUCGACGUAUCUAUCACAAAGCUAAUCAUUGUGUCCAUCCAACCUCUAAUCAUGUCACACCUAUCAGAACUCUAAUCAAACAAGCGCCGAUACUCUUCGCUACACAAUAUAUGAACAAAACAAAGCAGAUGUUAGAAUUCAUAAACUAUAAAAAGACCUGGCUUUGAAUUAGACAAAUUUGGAUGUAAAAAACAGAAUCCUUGCUCAGAUGGACAGUAAAAAGUUUCGUCUCAUUUCUUGCAUAGGCGAGGGUGCUUUUGGGAUAGUGUACCAAGCAAUCAACCUCCAGACAAAUAACAAAGUUGCAGUCAAAUGCAUCAAAACAAAUCAAGCACUUGGUGCUCUGGAAAAUAUGAAACGGGAAGCAAACAUUCACUCAAAGCUAGAACAUGUGAAUAUUGUCGCAUUCAAGAGUUUUGUACUCCAGAACAACUAUUUACAAUUGGAGUUAGAAUUAUGCGAGCAAGGCACUUUAUGUGAUUUCCUCUUUUGCAAACAAAAUAUAAACAAUAUUUGCGCCCAACUUUGUUCGGCUGUCCACUAUCUUCAUGAAGGCGCUUUAGCAAAUGACGCUGUGAUUCAUCGGGACAUCAAACUAGAGAAUGUUCUAAUCUCGCGGGGAAUGCAGAUAAAACUUGGUGAUUUUGGACUUGCUAUCUCAAAGCCCCGUGAUAAUGUUGGUAGAUGGGGAAUAGCUGGAGAGAUGAUUCGUGGUCUCAAGUAUGGAAAAAAAACAGACUUGUGGUCACUUGGUAUCUUACUUUACGAGAUCUGGACGUGGCGUAUUUUUCAAGGGUCUGAAGGCAUAACACUUGAAAGAUCGAUUGCCAUUAUGCUUUCUCAGCCUUUGAGCAAAGAUGUAACUCAGGUGCUGGCGCUAUUUCUGCAAAUAGACCCUAUUUCACGACGCGAGGCAAGUACGCCCUUGGCAUUUUCAUGGAUGUUGGAAGCUUUGAUGAACAAUCAUAGUUGUCACACAAAGCUUUUAUCAGACCUUGAAGACGAAAGAAGCGAUAUGUCUUUUCAAUCAGCAAAGAGUGAAAACGAUUCAGAACUCAUUCAAGCAUUGAAUAACCUGAAGAAUGGUGCGCAAGGCUUGUGUUUGGAUGAAACAAGGCUGCAAAAGGCUUGGCUAUUACUAUCAAUGUGCGAACAGACGGCAUCGAAGACUUGA